GUCAAUUCUUGGUUUGGCUUUGGCAGUAGUGUCGACAGCUGCACUAUUAAAAAAAUCGAGGACGGCUAUCAAAAGCUGAAUGGACCCGAGGGAGAAAAAUGCAAGUCACUAUUGAAGAAGCAUCUAACCAGAGAUGUUGUUGAUGAGUUGAAGUAUAAGAAAACGAAAUUGGGCGCAACGCUGUACGACUGCAUUCGGUCA